CGUGGCCACAGGAUGGACGGCACGGCCUUGGCCGCGGCCCCUCCGCCUCGCAAGCCGCCGCCGCGCGCCUGCCGCUCCUCCCGCCAGCCACCAUCAUUUGCUUUCCUCCUCCAGCUCCGUCCGCUACUGCACCGCACGCCACCCCACUUACCCUCGCCGCCGGCCUGCCACACCGCCGCGACCGCCAUGGACGACCCUCAUAGUGAGGUACCCCUUCCGGCCUUUCCUUCCUUCAAUUGAUCGCACAAAUAGAACCACCUUUACAUCACGAUGCUCAUGGGCCCGCAAGUCGCUCGCGUUCGCAACAGUCCUAGCUAGAACACGCCCAUUCCCGCCGCGGGCGCCAUGGCCGCGCCGCCCGCACGGCACCGUUAGCAUUAGCGAGAAGCAGUCCCAAGCCAGGGUAUGCGCAGCCACCCAGGGAACCAGAGACCGCAUGUUGAUGCUUGCUACAGGAUGAUGUGGAACAGUGCGCAAGUGAAGUGCUCGACGAAAUGUCUUAAAUACCUGCUGCUGGUCUUCGUGCAUUCCGCCUACUGUGGUGAAGAGUCACCGACCAAUGCACUGCUGAUGUCCGUGAUGCCGCCACUUCACCCUGAUGUCAAAUUCCCACUACAGCCGACGCAGCCCAACCUGCAGGACCCUGGAUGCAGCGGCCUCCAUGGACAAAACCUCUGGCUAUGGUUUGCUAACAAUAAAGCAGGAAUUUUUUUUUAUGGAAGCAAUCCCCCUUCGACAGCUAAAGAAGAUAACACUGCUAACCAGAGCGUAACCAAUUGCUUUGCUGAGGAUAAAACAAACCAGGACAGCAAUAUAAAACCAAGUAAAAGGCAGAAACAUUCAUCUGAGCCUAAAACUGUGAAUGCUUUUCAACGGGUGAGGCUGGAGGAUGUCAAAUUUGCAGAUGAGAGACUUCAGGAUAACUCUUAUUGGGCUAAGGGUGGUGGAGAAACUGGUUUUGAUGCGAAGGCGCAAGAGAUCCUUGGUCAAGUCGAGGAAGGGGCUUUUGGCGUGAGAAGACCAAGAAGAAGCGCGGAACAUACAGGGGUGGACAAAUUGACCUACAAACUCACUCGAUCAAGUUUGACAAUUCGGAUGACGAGUGACCGCUUAGCUUCACCAAAGAUGGGAGUUGGGAGAAGUCUACUGCAUUUAGCAGCUGACCAUUUCUAUGGACAAUUACCUGAUCAGUCUUGCUCUGGUUGGAAGGUUUUGGAGGUGAGGUGGUGCUACGUGGUAAACUAUCGAAGUCAUAUGUCGAGUGCGAGGAAUCUGAAACUUUAAUGAAGAAACACGGUCUAGCGAUUUUCACAUACUUUCACAUCCAGAUUUCAUAUUUUUUGAGAACCUUUAAUAGUAUCCGUGGAGUAAGAGACACCAUAAUCUGAGAGGUAGGUUAUUAUUUUUUGCAUUUUUCUCCCCACAGCCAUAUGAAAUUAAUACAUCUACACAAUGCUCUUAUCUUAGAUUAUAUCCAUGAAUAAAAGUUGAUAUGUCAAUUUAUUUGUAACUGAGAUAUUUCUAUGGUUUGCAUGCACAGAGCCUACAUACAUACAUUUACAAUGUCUUAAUUACAUAACAACGUGUGCACAGAUAUGUCAAUUUGCAUGUAUUUUCAGGAACUAACUGAAGCAUACAAAUAUUUGCUUCCACCUAUUUUUUUCUAUUAUAUUUCUUUGUACUUACUAUUAUGCUUCAAUUAA